AUGAUUAGACUUGGCUUUCCCGCAAAAACUGUCUCUUUACCUCUCUCUCCGUCCUUCUCUUGAGAGGUGAAGAUCGCCGAAGAUUUUCAUCUGCAUUUGCCGACGUCCUUUUAUUCGUCUUUCAUCUGAAGAUCGGCUCAGUUUGGCUGUUCUCAUCUUUCGGUAGAUGGCACAUCACUGAAGUUUUUGCUGUUCUCCCUCCCUCUCAAUCUUGUGCUACGGUCAGUUUUGGGAGCAAAGGAUCAUGCUAACUGCGCUCUCAUGAAAAUCUUGAACUUCAGCUGUGGUGUGGAGUCCUUGUGUAUUUCCCAUGGGUGUGAGCUACUUAUCUGUCUCAGUGGUCUGCACAGUUUUGAGCUUUGUCGGACUUCAGUGUUGGACAGCAAUAUCCCUUGAGCAACUAAAAUCCGAUGGGUUGAUUAGUGAUAGUGUUAUUAGCUCAGGGGAUGGGAGCCAUGCAUUGGAGCUGCUUUUGAGUUCCUAUACCACUAUUGCUUUGGCUGCAAAUUUUGCACUUAACACAUUUAUCCUUCUAAUUUUGUGUCUCAAGACUAUAUUCUUUUCAGAGUUGUACUCAUCUGAAGCUCGAAAAUUAGUUGAACGCCUUAUUAAUUAUGUUAUAUACAAGGGAACUUUUCUUCCACUGGUUGUCCCACCAAAUGUAUUUCAAGCGGGCUUGUGGUCAAUCUGGUUGGCUGUGCUAUGCUGUUUGAAGAUGUUUCAAGCAUUAGCUAGGGAUCGUCUUGAGCGUUUGAAUGCUUCUCCAUCAGUGACUCCGUGGACAUACUUUCGUGUAUAUUCUGCGUUGUUGCUGGUUUUCUCUGUCGACAUACUCUGGAUAAGGCUGUGUUUGUCAGUGUACACCACAAUUAGUUCACCAACAUCUUAUUUGUUAUUCUUUGAGCCUCUUAGCAUUGCUUUCGAGACUUUACAGGCCAUUGUGGUUCAUGGAUUUCAAUUGCUUGAUGUAUGGUUGCAUCACUCAGCGGGAGAUACUGCAAAUUGCCGGAUAUCCAAACUCCUUGAUUUGUCUGCUACAGGAUCAUUGUGGGAGUGGAAAGGUAUUCUGAAUCGGAACUUGGGUUUUUUCCUGGAUAUGAUGACAUUUUUUAUGGCUCUUGCACAUUAUUUGCAUAUUUGGUGGCUUCAUGGCAUGGCUUUUCAUCUUGUUGAUGCUGUCCUUUUCCUAAAUAUACGUGCAUUGUUAAGUGCAAUUGUAAAACGCAUAAAGGGUUUCGUUAAACUGAGGAUGGCAUUGGGCACUCUUCAUGAGGCACUUCCAGAUGCAACAUUAGAUGAGCUAAGAGCUUAUGAUGAUGAAUGUGCUAUUUGUCGGGAACCUAUGGCGAAGGCUAAGAAGCUAUCUUGCAGUCAUCUUUUCCAUCUUGCAUGCUUGAGAUCUUGGCUAGAUCAAGGCUUAAGUGAGAAUUAUUCAUGUCCUACUUGUCGAAAGCCCCUUUUUAUGGGAAGAUCUGAACAUGAGGCAAACUCUCAUGCUUCAGAAAUUUCAAGUGAUGAGCAGCUUGCACGUCAAAUUAGUGCUGGACUUCAUAGGCCCAAUCUUCCUGGUCACGGCCAGUCUACGGGAAUCUUUCCUAACCAGACUCAAAAUCCAUUAGAAGCUGGUGACUGGAGGGGCACUGCAAUUGAUUCAAGUUGGCUCAGGUUAGAUGGAGCUGGUCCUUCUAGUGGUGUAAGAUCCGUUGGAUUGGGUCGAGUUCAGAUGAUGAUGAGGCAGCUUGCAGCUGUUGGUGAAACCUAUGCACAUACUGCGCUUGAGGAUGCUGCCUGGAGUCUUUGGCCUAUGAAUCCCUCUCAAGCUGGUACUUCCCGCUCACCUGUUCCUCCUGGUCCUACAAGGUAUCCAGGAAGUGCAGGUGGUUUGCAUAUGAGGACCCCCUCACGAGCUUCAAACGACAACAUAGCAGGCAUGCUUGCCAUGGCUGAGACUGUCCGGGAAGUUCUGCCGCACAUUCCUGAUGAAAUAAUUAUUCAGGAUUUGCAGCGAACAAAUUCCGCCACCAUUACUGUGAAUAAUCUUUUGCAAAUGUGAAAGUGUCAAUUGGAUUUUAUCCUUUAUCAUGGGCGUUUCUGGUGGACGUGAGAUGGGGGCUGUAUUGCUUAUAGGUUUGGAUUACAUUAUUUCCCAUUUCCUAAAUCUUCGGCUGCUGGCUUUCGUCACAUAUGUGCUGUCUAACGUCCACAAGCUUGUCUUCGUGUACAUAGAUGUAGCCUAUCAGUUUGCUUCUAGGAAUAAAUAGUAAUUGGUUUGACUGUACCCGCUCAAUCCGUUGGUUUGGCCUCCCGCAUAUGUUGUUGUAAUUUUGUAAUAAUCUAAUUUUUUUUUUAUGUUAACGUGCGUUUUGAAAUUAAAUAGGCUAUAGGCUUCUUGGUUUUACUA